CUGACAUGAACUGUAACUCCGUGUGAUAGAAUUCAUAUACUUUCAUGCCCCUGCGUAGAAACCACUCGUCUUUAUAAAAUCUUUCUUAUUUCCCCAGCUUCUUUCUCCUUCAACAAUCCAGACCUGCCCUGCCUCGCCCUAUCUUUAGAACGACAUUCCAAUCUUACCAACCUAUAUUUUACAAAUUAUAAGUUUAUAAUUCCCCCUUUUGAUUUUCCAAUGUCUUGAUCUUUCAUUUCUUUGUCUCUAUACAUGGCUUUUCUUCUCAGGUUUUUCUCUGCUUUUAUCUUCGUCUUGAUCCCAGUCUCAUGUCAGCCCGGUGAACUCUUCUUUGCUGGAUUUAAAGGUGCUGACACCAAUAUAACCUUGAGCGGAGUUGCAGAGAUUGGUAAAAAUGGUAUUCUUCGCUUAACUAAUGAGACUAGUAGAUUAAUGGGUCAUGCCUUUUAUGCUUCUCCAUUUCAGUUCAAGAACUCUACUAAUGGCAAAGCUUUCUCUUUUAGUACCUCUUUCGCUUUUGCUAUAGUCCCAGAGUAUCCAAAACUUGGUGGCCAUGGCCUGGCUUUCACAAUCUCAACAUCUAAGAAUCCACAGGCUCUUCCCAGUCAGUAUCUUGGCCUUCUCAAUGCAAGUGAUUUAGGUAACUUCACAAAUCACCUUCUGGCUGUUGAGUUUGACACUGUUCAAGAUUUCGAGUUCGAAGACAUCAACGACAACCAUGUUGGUAUUGACAUCAACAGCUUGAAGUCUAACGCAUCUACUCCUGCAGCAUAUUACACUGACGAUUCUUCAAAGCUGGAUCUAAAUCUCAAGGGUAAAUAUGCAAUCCAGGUUUGGGUUGAUUAUGAUUCAGUACAGAAUCUUCUCAACGUGACUAUUUCGCCCACUUCCAAGAAACCCAGAUUGCCAAUCUUGACCUUUCCUAUAGAUCUCUCACCAAUACUUAAAGACUAUAUGUACGUUGGCUUUUCUUCUUCAACAGGUUUGCUUGCUAGCUCACACUAUAUCCUGGGCUGGAGCUUUAAGAUGAAUGGGCAAGCUCGGGCUCUGGAUCUUUCUUCUUUGCCUUCACUUCCGGCUGGUCCCAAAAAGAUGCAUACGGGUUUAACAAUUGUGGUCGCAGUCUCAUCAGUUUUUCUUGCAAUUAUCGCUAUAUCCUCUGUUAUCUUCUACGUGAUUAGAAAGAUUAAGAACGCUGAUAUAAUAGAAGAUUGGGAGCUGGAGAUUGGGCCUCAUCGAUACUCUUAUCAAGAACUCAAGCAAGCAACCAAUGGUUUCAGCGACAAAGAGCUACUUGGGCAAGGUGGUUUUGGCCAAGUUUUUAAAGGUACACUUCCCGAUUCAACGGCUCAAGUAGCGGUCAAGCGAAUUUCAAAUGAAUCUAAACAAGGUCUGCGCGAAUUCUUAUCAGAAAUCGCUAGUGUUGGUAGACUUCGUCAUCGAAAUCUAGUUUUAUUACUGGGUUGGUGUCGGCGAAGAGAUGAUUUUCUUCUCGUUUACGAAUAUAUGGCUAAUGGGAGUUUAGAUAAGUUGUUGUUCGAUGAACCAAAAAAAAUUUUAAACUGGGAAAAGAGGUUCAAGAUUAUAAAAGAUGUUGCUUCUGGGCUUCUUUAUUUACACGAAGGCUAUGAGCAGGUGGUGAUUCACAGAGAUGUCAAAGCUAGCAAUGUACUACUAGACAGUGAACUGACUGGGAAACUUGGCGAUUUUGGACUUGCAAAAUUAUACGAACACGGAUCAAACCCAAGCACAACCAGAGUUGUGGGCACGUUAGGUUAUCUAGCACCAGAAUUGCCAAGGACAGGAAAGGCCACAGCAAGCUCAGAUGUUUAUGCAUUUGGUGCACUUUUGCUAGAAGUUGCUUGUGGGCGCAGACCUGUUGAACCCAAGGCGUUGCCUGAAGAGAUGGUGUUGGUGGAUUGGGUGUGGGAAAGGUUCAGGGAAGGCAGAGUCCUUGAUGUGGUGGACCACAGGCUAAAUGGGCAGUAUAAUGAGAGUGAAAUGGCGGUGGUUUUGAAAUUGGGAAUAAUGUGUUCAAACAAUGUGCCAAUAGCAAGGCCAACAAUGAGGCAAGUGAUGAGGUUUUUGGAUGGAGAGGCUCAAGUGCCUGAAAACUUGAGGGCUCCACAGUGGGCAGCAUGUGCUGAUGGAGGGAGGGACGUAAUUCAUGGGUUUGAUGAUUUUGUCAACUCAUUUGCAUCUUCUUCUUUUGACAAAAUGAGCUCAUCCUAUUCGAUUAUGGAAAAUAGGGAUAUCGAUAAUAGUUUUGCUUCUCUUUCUACUUCUCCUUUUUCUCUUCUCCGUGUUAGAGAGGAGACGAGGUAGCCAUUGAUUGAGAGGUUAUAAUUUUCCUUUUUCUUUUUAUUUUCCUUCUAAUAUUAAUGCAUAUUUCUUGAGGGGAAGAAAUCAACAUGGCUUUGAAA